AUAAAUUAAGACACUGGGAAAACAAUGAAGAAUAUACAAGAUGUAAAGGCCUCCCGUGUUCACGGACUGGCAGAAUUAAUAUCGUGAAAAUGGCUGUCCUGACAAAGGCAAUCUACAGAUUCAGUGCAGUACACAACAAAAUUCCAACACAAUUCUUCACAUAAAUUGAAAAAAAAUCUUCACUUUCAUAUUACAACACAAAAGAUCUAUGAUAGCUCAAACCAUCCUGAACAGCAGCAGAGAGCUGGAGGUAUGACCAUCCCAGAUCCAUCAUGGUGCUGGCAUAAAAACAAACUCAUUGAUCAAUGAGGACCCACAUAAUAAACCCACACUCUGACACCUGUUUUUUUGUUUGGUUGUUUUGUUUUGUUUUCUAAAUAAAGAGGCCAACAAUACACAAUGGAGAAAAGACAGUGUCUUCAACAAACGGCACUGGUCAAACUGGUUAGCUAAAUGCUGAAGAAUGAGAUGAGAUCUUAUCUCUCAGCCUGCACAAAACUCCAAAUGGAUCAAGGACCUUAGACCCCAUACCCUGGAUGUUGUUAAUGAAAGAAACAACUCUCACGUCAAAGGAAUAAGGGAUGUAGUUUAUUCUGGAGCCAAAUAUGAGUGACCAUGGUCUUGAUACACAGAUUUAGGUAACAACUUCAUAAACUUUUUAUAGUAACAGAACAAAGAAAGCCAUAAAGCAAGACACUUUUCAAAUACAUUUGUGGGUAAAAAGCAGGUGGGGAGAACUCUAGGCCUUGGAUGCUAUCUGAAAAAAAAAUGCUUGGCUCUUUGAUUAGUGGGAAAUCAGGGUUCUGAUACGUUAGUACAUUCUAAAAGUUUUUAAAUCUGUUAUCGAGAUGUUAAACCAAGCUUUACGUGAUAGUACAGAAUGUCAGGUCUGACAUGGGGGAAGAGAGUACAAGGAAUAGCUAUUGAGUAGGCUAAAGAUCACCCCAAACAAAUUGUAGUGAGACUCUGCACUAAACUGCUUGCAACACUUUCUGUUUUCCUGACAGAUAAAUUCUCAAAAUACACCCUGAUGUGCUGUCUCGGCAGUGAGAACCGACGCUAACAAGCUUGGGCCUCUCUGAGUGUCGGGAUUACAGGUGUAUGCCACAAUUAUAACGCCACCACUGACUCAUUUCCUGAAUCUUAGUUGUCUGUAGCCCGAAAGUAUUUUAUGGACUAGCAAGAUGACUCAGAUUGUGAAGUUACAAGUGGUUGCUCGAUGUCAUACGGGUGCUGGGAUCUGAACCUGGGUCCACUGCAGGAGCAGCAAAUGCUCUUAAUCACUGAGCCACCUCUCCAGCUCCUUCAUUAGAAUUUUGAGAGAGACGCAGAAAUGUAGACGAGAGAGAGGAAAGAAGAAAGAAAGAAAGGAAGGAAGGAAGGAAGGAAGGAAGGAAGGAAGGAAGGAAGGAAGGAAAGAAAGAAAGAAAGAAAGAAAGAAAGAAAGAAAGAGAGAGAGAGAGAAAGAAAGAAAGAAAGAAAGGAGAGGAAAGAAAUUCCGUGUACCCUUUCCCCAGACUCCUCCAUUUAGCAAAAUUUUAAGUGUUAAAAGUGACAUUGUUAAUAAUAACACCUGACAAUAUUCAUUAUGCCAGCAAAAAUAUGCCCAGUGCAUCCGUUUAUUGCUACAGCGACUCUCAACUAUCUUUUGUUUAUCCCUUGACUAAAACACUCACACGAUCAGGAUCCGGGAGACUAACUACAACACAGCUGUGCAGCCUAUCCGGGACUUCCGCCAAGCCUUGGACACCUCCCUUCCGCCGUGGCCGACCAACCGUCGCCCGAGGAAUCUAGCUACUUCCGCUUUCGGGGGGGGGGCGCCCGAACCCGGAAGCGUCAGCCCCGCUUCCAUCGCCGCUCAGUCCGACAUGGCGGAUCUCCACCGCCAACUGCAGGACUACCUGACGCAGGGGAAAGCGAACAGGCCGGCGGCUGCGGAGCCGCUGCUCGCCGCGAGGGCAGCCGAGGAGCCUGCGGCCGGGGGCCGAGCUGCCGGGGCGUGGCUCGGGCGCGCGGCUCUGCGAUGGCCGUGGGCCGGGAGCCCUGCCGAGCCGCCGCCCGCCGGCUCGCGGUGCCUCCCGACCGUGACUCGCGGGCAGCGCCUGGCGGCCGGCGGCCUGUGUCUGCUGCUGGCCGCGCUCUGUUUCGGCCUGGCGGCGCUCUACGCACCGGUGCUGCUGCUGCGCGCGCGCAAGUUCGCGCUGCUCUGGUCGCUGGGCUCGGUGCUGGCGCUGGCGAGCGCGGCGCUGCUGCGGGGCGGCCCGGCCUGUGGGCGCCUGCUGCGCGGCGAGGAGACGCCUUCGCGCCCCGCGCUGGGCUACGCGGCCGCUUUGGGCGCCACGCUCUACGCGGCCCUGGUCCUGCGCAGUACGGUGCUGACGGCGCUCGGCGCCUGCGCACAGGUAGCCGCCCUGCUCUACGCGCUGCUGGGGCUCCUACCCUGGGGCAGCGUGACGGCCCUACGCCUAGCGCUGGGUCGCCUGAACCGUGGGGCGGGCCUAGCCAACGCUCUCCCGGUGUGACAGCCCCGGUCUCAGGAAGCGGAACCAGCCGGGCGAGCGACGGUGCAGGCGCCGCCGCACUCCACGGUACCCAAGCGUGCAAGGACGAGGCACCAACUGGACUGUGCUGCGGAGUCCCUGAGCUUGGAGCACCUGCCACGAACUGACCCCAGGCUGGCGGUCUCAAAAGGUCCUUGGGCUUCAGCAUUCUGAGGUUCGAGGCAGCAUGCUCCCCGAAAAGACUGGAUUACCUGAUUGGUAAACACUGUGCUGUGGAACUGUUUUCCAACUAACUGGCUUUACAUUUAAGGGAGGAAAAGAAAAACAAAUAGCUUUUUGACUUGGCUGCUUUCGUGGCUUUGGAAGAACUGCCAUCUCCUCUUUGUCAUUUAAAAAAAAAAAAAGCAGUGGUAUACGUGGUUGAACCUAAGGUUUCCGUUUUGCCGCUCCUUUUCAAAGCCUCCUUUUUGCUAUUCACUGUAAAUCAAUCCAGAUUAUCAGAUUAAACACUAAAUUUAGCCACUGGAUUUAAAAUAGUGAGUAGUUAAUACAUUCUACCUCAGGUUUUUCUUCUUCAGUUAAGUAGUAAAUACGGUGCUUUAUAAUAUUUAAGGAAAAUUAAUCGUAAAAGCAAUACACCAAAGAGCAAUUUCCUGGAUCAAGAGGCUAGAUAUCCAGUAUGAUGCGUGCAAAGUUUGCAAGGGUUUCUGCUUAGGAAUCCUGGGACUACAGGAAAAUCUUACAUCUGCAGUUAUUGUAUUUGCUAUAAACGAGGUUUUGCCAAGUGUUCACUAUUCCUAACAUUAUUGCUUUUUAAAGUACUAUACAAUUUGAUAAUAAUGCAAUGUAAAAUGCUUUUCAUAUAUAAUUGUUUUUGUUGUGCUGGGGUGAAUCAACAUUUAAAUCUAUCACAAUCUAUUGUCAAAAACUGGAUUCAGUAUUGAGUCUUGAUACACUAGCAAGUGAAGUGUAUUUAGAAGCUUAGAAUUUUAUCAGUGGUUCUCAGACCACAUUUCAUCAGUUCAUUUGUAAUACUGGUGAACUGUAUAAUGUUUUCAUGUUCAGCUAAAUUGAGAACCACUUCUGUGUACUGACUGACUUGUACAACGUGAAAGUUAACUGGUUUCCAGGCUGCCCAAAUGUUGCCUUAACAGGAUAAGGUCAGACAUCAGCAAAUUGCUACUUGCUGCAGUCCCCCAUGUGAUUCCAUAUUGGCUAAUAACCCCUCCAUAGACUUCCCAGCUACCAUUCUCUCCAGCGCUCCCAGGCAGUAAAUAGGGCUACCUACCACUCAGGAAAAGAAAGGCUGUUUGCAAGUAGUGAUGUGCACAUUUUUUAAUGUUACUAUACUUAAGAUAUUAAAAUUGUCUCAGGAAUUCAUUACUUGAAAGUAAGUUUUAUAAACUCUAAGCACAACAUCUUACAUUUUGACAGCAGUAUUUAAAAUGCUAUAUGUAAAUAUUUAAUGUAUAAUGUAGAGGUUCUGUUUAUAAAUUAAUUCAUUCUCAAAAUGUGA